ACGAACUGUUGUAGGCACUCUCCUCAAACCUCAACAAUGUCAGGUGAGUCAAUUACUAGAUUAAUAUGAUCACGUGAUUCAUGUGAGCUUCUUAGAAUGUUUCCCGAGCUAAAGCACUCAUUUCUGACAAUAGAAAAUGUAUGUGAAGUUGAUGAUGAUACUUUGCUCUCCAGGUGGCACGGACAGUCACUACAAAGCAUAAAGAUGACCAUCCUUGCUGGUCUGAAUCUGCAGAUGGAGCCCCAACUGCCUUCUGGUGGACUGACUGGCAUCCGAGAGCAGUGGAAGACUGUUUUCAGCACCAUCUCCCAUACCCCCCAGGAAAGAGCAGGUGGGUCAGAACAGAACCAGUGCCUGGGGUCGACUCUCAGGGCCCCACGGCUGUCAACAUCACAGAACAGAAGUGCUGUCAGAAAGCUUCCUAUCUCUGGCUGGGAAAACUGGGUCAUUUAUCCAGAGAGCUUCACUUUCAUCCAGUGUGUCCUCUGCAACCUCCAACUGAACCUGAGCAACACACAUUCCCCAGCACACUCUCUGAACCCUCCUAACACCCCCUUGACAAUGUCAUGCUGCCAGACGAUCUCACAGGAACUGUUGCCUUUCCUGUACAUGGAUGAACAGCGAUCCCUGGUCAUAUCCUCUGUUCAGAUGACCAGUUUGUGUGGCUGCGGCCCAGGAAACCAGCCUUUCCCCAGUAAGGACUGAGCCCCUAGCACCCACCUGCUAGAAAGCUGUCUUUUUGGUCUAAGAAUUAAACACUUCAAGUAAGAUUGUCGCUGUCUUAUUAUCAAGCCAGGCAUGUGGCCUCAUCCUUCCAAAAUACCUUGUGACUCUGAAAACACAUCAGGGAAAAGCUCUUUUUUGUAGUCCCAACAAAUUUAUGAAACAAAAACUUCUGUAAGACAAUGUCUGCAAAGACUUUGCCUAAAAGAGUGUUCCUGGAAUACUGUUACAGAAUAAUGGGAGCUAUUCAUAACGUUUGAUGGUUAAUAGAUAAUAAAUGUUAGUCUUGGCCUAAUGAAACAUGAUAUGUAUUCUGAACUAUUUUUGAUAGCAAUAUUUCCCACUGCAUGACUGGCAACUGGCAGUGGAUUAAAGACAAGCUUCUGAGUGUUCUCCCCAAAAAUGUGAACCCUGGCUUAACAUUCAGAGGCCAGAACUCUCUCAGUGGGUGGGUCCAUCUCCUCUGAGCAGUGUUACCAACACUGGAGCUUUUAAUACAUUCAGAAAGAAAAGGUUGAUUAUAGUAUACUUUAAAUACAACUCUUUUUCCCAGUAUUUUAUUAUCUGGAUUAUAUUCAACAGCCAGAUAAU